AUGUGGCCGGGUUUGAUAAAGAAAUCGAAAGAGGGAGGAUUGGAUAUUAUCGAGACUUACGUUUUCUGGGACCUGCAUGAACCAGUUCGAGGCCAGUAUAAUUUUACUGGACGAAACGAUUUGGUGAAAUUCAUCAAGCUGAUCGGUAAAGCCGGUUUAUACGUUCAUCUUCGUAUCGGUCCUUACGUUUGUGCUGAAUGGAACUAUGGUGGAUUCCCUCUGUGGUUGCAUUUUCUACCCGGUAUUGAGCUUCGCACUAACAAUGACGUAUUCAAGUCUGAAAUGCAGCGAUUUACGUCUAGGGUUGUGAACCUGAUGAAGAUGAACAAUCUGUUUGCAUCACAAGGAGGCCCCAUUAUUUUGUCUCAGAUCGAAAACGAGUACGGAAAUGUGGAGUCGAAAUAUGGUGACGGUGCGAAACCUUACAUCGAGUGGGCCGCAGAAAUGGCAACCUCGAUGGAGACAGACGUCCCGUGGGUAAUGUGUCAGCAAGACGAUGCGCCCUAUUCAAUGAUAAACACGUGCAAUGGAUUCUACUGUGACAAAUUCACUCCUAAUUCCCCUGAUAAGCCCAAGUUUUUCACCGAACUCUGGAGUGGAUGGUUUUCCGCAUGGGGACUUCCGGUGCCGUACAGACCGGUAGAAGACGUUGCUUUAGCUGCAGCGCGGUUUUUCCAGAACAACGGAACAUUGCUCAACUAUUACAUGUACCAUGGUGGGACUAACUUCGGACGGACUUCUGGUGGACCGUUCAUCACAACUAGCUACGACUAUGAUUCUCCUAUGGAUGAAUAUGGUCUUCCUCGACAGCCGAAGUGGGGUCACUUGAAAGAUUUACACAAGGCUAUAAAGCUCUGUGAAUAUGCAAUGGUGGAAACUGUUGGUGUUACCACUAGUGUUGGCACUAAUUUGGAGACAACCGUUUAUCAGUUAGAAUCAGGGGCAUGUGCUGCUUUUCUUGCCAAUUUGGAUACUCAGUCGAACGCAAAGAUUUAUUUCAACGGGAAUUACCACGACGUACCGGCUUGGUCCGUCAGCAUAUUACCCGACUGCAAGAAUGUAGUGUACAACACUGCGAAGGUGAAUGCUAUAACAGCCUUCACAAAGUUCGUGCCACGAACUACGUUGAAUUGGAGCUGGAGCUGGUUUAAGGAGCCCGUCGGAAUUUCUCUCACCGGUGACGCUUUUGUGCAGCCUUCGUUGGCAGAGCAGAUUGGCGUUACCGGUGACAGAAGUGACUUCUUGUGGUACUCUUUAAGGAGCUUAAAUCUCGAUGCUAACGACCCUCUGGUUAACGAAGCGUCUACGGUGCAACUUCACGUCGAUUCCGUUAGGCAUGGACUGUACGCGUUUGUCAAUGGGAAGCUUGCAGGUGGUGGAAGAAGUGAUAGCAUCGGUAGCAGGCAAAAACAACAUCGAUUUAUUGUGUUUCACCGUGGGGCUAUCGGUUCGUCGUUGAUCACACAUUUAUUCAACCAUCUUUAUUUUUCGGAAUUAUUGUUUCGUAAUAAUACAAAUCAAUUGUCGAAAAUCCAGAACUACGGAGCAUUCUUCGAUCAAAUACCGGCAGGAAUCCAAGGGCCGGUUCAGAUCAAUGGUUUAAGCAAUGGUUCAUCAACUAUUGAACUCUCCAAAGUACCAUGGACUUAUCAGAUUGGUCUGAAAGGAGAACAAUUAGGCCUAUCGAACGGAGGUUCCGAAUAUUGGGUGUCCGAGCCUGCGUUUCCGAAGAACACUCCGUUAACAUGGUACAAGACACAAUUUUCGGCUCCAGCUGGAAAUAGUCCAGUAGCAAUAGACUUCACAGGAAUGGGAAAAGGGCAGGCUUGGAUUAACGGUAACGGAAUCGGCCGUUACUGGCCAGCUUACGUGUCACCUCCAGAAGGCAAGUGCACAGACAACUGCGACUACAGAGGAGAAUAUUCCCAGGACAAAUGUCUCAAAGGCUGUGGAAAGCCAGCUCAGCAGCAGUACGUGUCAAUUAACAUUUCUAAUAUAUAUCACGUGCCACGCUCGUGGCUCAAACCAACCGGAAACACUCUGGUGGUGCUGGAGGAAAUCGGAGGCGAUCCGACAAUGAUAUCCAUCGCCACAAGGGAGAUAGGGCUCAUCUGUGGCGCAGUCUCGGAAUCUUACCCUGCACCCCUGGAUUUGUGGGACUCUAAUUAUCUGACACGUGUCACCAAACCGACGCUUUUACUGGAAUGCCCUUACCAAUCACAGGUGAUUAAGGAACUCCAGUUUGUCGGCUACGGAAAUCCGCAGGGUAAAUGUGGAAGUUUCACACAAGGUCAAUGCAGGAGCAACCGGGCUACGACCGUUGUUAAUAAGUAUUGCAUGGGAAAACAAAAAUGCAGCAUUGAAAUGACUCUGGAGAAUUUGGGUGAUCCUUGUCCAGAUAUUUACAAGACUUUAGCUGUGGAAGCUUUUUGUGGUUGA